AUGGAGUCACAGAAUUUACAAGCUGCAUCAACUUAUGUUAACAAUAUUCUCCUGGCUCGAGGCCUGCUGAAAGGUGGCCAGUCAAUUGACUUUGCGCAACCGCAAGAUGCAGAUGGAGGGACAGACGCUACAAUGGCACAGGUGAUCAACCUGGUCAAUGAUUUGGUCCUGAGGAGAGAUCGUGAAGCCGAACACCGUGAGAGCCUGGCCACGACGAUUCGGACAUUGCGCGCGAGUGAAUCCGACCAAACAAUGGAGAUCGGUAAAUUAAAGACGAAAAACUCCGAACUAUCUCGAGCGCUAGCUCUAGCCGAGGGACAGGAGCGUGCGCUGAAGUCGAAUGUGUCGAGUGCUGAGGCUACCAUCCGAGGACUUAAAGACCAAGUGCAGCGAUUCAAGACCACAGUCCAGCAAGUCCGUGCACAAUGCGCUAACGACAUUCGCAAACGGGACCUCGAAAUGCAGAAGCUCAAAUCGCACCUGGCAGAGCGCCAGCGGGGUAAACGUGAGGGACUCGGGGUAACUACAAUCAAUAUUCAUCCUGGCGCGGAUCGGUCUCGGUUCCUCUCGAGCGGCGGCGAGCGAGUUAAUGAUCCGGGAUACAGUCUGAAGCAAGAGACGACAGACUUCUUGACGGAGCUGUGUCAGAACCUCAGCGACGAAAAUGAUACCCUGAUUGCGUUAGCGCGACACACGGUCGACACACUAAAAGAAUUACAAGGGUUGCCGCCGGGCGAGGACGAUAACGGCGAGGAUGGGCCCUCGGACAUGACUACCAGCGUCGGACCUCCUAAAUCUUCCCUGGGGCCAGUGACUACUCUUCCUACAUCGUGCGAAGAUCUGUCCGUGCGCAUGGAGACUGUGCUGGAUCAUCUGAAGAACCUUCUUACCAACCCCUCGUUUGUGCCUCUCGAAGAGGUCGAGGUACGAGAUGAAGAGAUUACCCGACUACGCGAGGGCUGGGAGAAGAUGGAGCACCGAUGGAAGCAGGUGGUCGUCAUGAUGGAUGGGUGGCAGCGACGACUUGCAGACGGAGGAGAUUCGGUACGGGUGGAAGAGCUGAAGCGAGGCAUGGACCUCGAUCUCAGUCUCACCUCGGCCAACGACACGAGCAUGCAGAAUCCCGCCGAGACCACGGUCCCUACUAUCCUGGAAGACGACCAGGAAGAAGAAAUGGGCGAUGCCGAGGAACCCGCGCCUGAGCCAGAGCCAUCACAUUACCGGUCGAAGUUCCGCAAACUUCCUGAGCGACCUGAUCGCGCGUUGAAGGAGCGCAGUGACAAUGCCCGGCCGAAACGUCUUCGAAAAGUCUCAUUCACGCCAGGCCUGCAGGGGUCACCCUGCGAACCCAGUGCCGACGAAGAGACAAUGCAGGUUAAAGCGCAUCAAUCCGAGACCGUAACUCGCCGAUCGACACGUCGGAGAGCCGACUCAAAGACUUCCCGCCAGAACACUACCACCGAAAAGCAGAUGAGCGUGCCGCAGAAGCUAGCUGUCGUCGAAGACGAAGCGCGUGCGGCAGAAUACGCGCGCAAAGAACGCGAGUCUCGCAAAAGAAGCCGGCCGGACAAGUCCAGUCGGACAGGCAACCGACGCCGAAGUGCCCUCGCCAGCGAUGAGCUCGAGGAUUUGAUGGGCGUUCGGUAG